ACAAAAAGCGUCGUCGUGCCACAAAAUAAAGUACAUACGAAAACCGGGGGAAGUGGAAAAGUCCGUCCUGACAAACGGACAGCUGCCCAUAUUAUGAAAAUGGGUUGGUGACGUCAUGCUUACCGCCCAGGCCACGCCCGUAUUUUUCAACCGUUUCUAAGCCGGAAGCGGCAAAGUAAUGGGAAGACCUUCGCUUCCAGGCGCAGGGAAGUGGACCUGUUUACACGAUGAAUAAAAGAAAGACGAGUGUUCAGCAUGCUGAAAGACCUGCAAAAUCCCGCAGGAUAGAGGGCACGACACAUGGCCAAGAGGAUGAGGACAUGGAUGAGGAAACAGGCUUUUAUCCAGAGCACCAUUUCUCUACCUCGAGUGCUGGAGAUAUUGGUGUUAUUGAGAGCAUCACUCUGAAGAAUUUCAUGAGUCAUCACUUGCUUGGCCCUUUUCAGUUUGGAUCAAAUGUUAAUUUUAUUGUUGGAAAUAAUGGAAGUGGGAAGAGUGCUAUCCUCACUGCGCUCAUCGUUGGCCUGGGUGGUAAAGCAACUACAACCAACAGAGGAGCCGCUUUGAAGAGUUUUGUGAAAUAUGGAGAAAACUCUGCAGAAGUUACAGUAAAAUUGAGAAACAGAGGAAGCGAUGCUUAUAAAGGUGAUGUAUAUGGGGAUUGCAUCUCUAUUGAACAAAGGAUUACCAGCGAUGGUUGCAGGACAUGCAAAAUUAAGAACAAAUCUGGGUCUAUUGUCUCCACUAAAAAGGAAGAGUUAACAGCAAUAUUGGACCAUUUCAACAUACAGGUUGACAAUCCAGUCUCGAUCUUAAAUCAGGAAAUGAGUAAACAAUUCCUCCAUUCAAAAAGCGAAGCAGAUAAGUACAAAUUUUUCAUGAAGGCCACUCUACUAGAGCAAAUGAAGAGAGACUACAUACACAUCAAGCAGACCGAAGCUUUGACACGGGAACAAGUAGAAAGGCAGGAGGAGUGUCUGCGAGAUCUCAGACAGUUGUUUCUACAAAAGAAAGAAAAGUAUGAAAAUCUAGCAACACUUGAGAAAAUGAGGCAGACUUUAGAAGAGCUACAGAAAAAGAUGGCGUGGGCUCUGGUGGGAGAAAAGGAGAGAGAAGUACAGCAGCUGAAGGAACAAAUUGAUAAAGUACAGAACGAUGAACGUAAUGAACAGAAGCUGCAGCUCUGUCGGAGUAAAAUUAGUUCUGCUGAAAAGAAAUUGCAGGAUAUCCAACAGAAGCUUGGAAAAGUGAAAGAGGACGAUGAACAUUUAGCAGAGGAAUGCCGAAAACUGAAAGAAGAUGCAAAGCUCAAAAGUAAAGAUCAGAAGAACCAGGAAGUGGUGUACUUUCGUGCUGAGAACAAAUUAAAACAAUUAGAAAAAGAGCAAUGCAUUCUGCAGGAGAGAAUUUAUAAAAUAAAUAAUAGUAGUAGGAGAAGGAACCAUGAGGCAGAGCAGACACAGCGGACAAAGAAAAUAUCUGCUCUGAAAAAGCAGCUAGAAAAACUUGAGAUGGAGUCUACAACCCUUAAUCAAGAAAUCAUGGAGAAACAGCAGGCCCUUUUCAAAGGAAGGGAAGAAUAUGACAAGCUAAGCAUGGAAGAAAAAAACAUCCAGGUCUCUCUGGAGUCCAAACUGAAGAGAAAGAACCAACUGACUGCCAGCAGAUCCAACAGACUGAGACGAUUUGGUGAUCGUAUGCCAGAACUAAUGGAGUCAAUAAACAAAGCACAUGCUCAAGGACGCUUCAUUAAGAAACCUGUGGGGCCAAUAGGUGCAUGCAUCAGACUUAAGGAUCCAAGUUUGGCUGUGGCUGUGGAAAGUUGCUUACGGAGUUUCAUGAAAACAUUUUGCUGUGACAAUUACAAGGAUGAAAAGGUCUUACAGGAGCUGAUGGCUCCACAUUUUUCUAAAGGCAGCAGACCCCAGAUUGUGGUGUGUUCUUUCACAGAACACGUUUACAACGUUCAACACCGAGGUGUACAUCAUCCAGAGUUCCCAUCAGUUUUGGACUCUCUCAUCAUUGAAAGUCCUGUAAUCACUAAUUGUUUAAUAGACAUGCGGAACAUCGAGUGCAUUCUUAUCAUCAAAGACAGUGCUGUUGCCAGGAGAGUCAUGCAAAUGCAGAGGCCCCCUGGAAAUUGUCGUGAGGCCUUCACUGCUGAUGGUGAUCAGGUUUAUACCAAUCGUUAUUACACCCCUGAACAAGAAGUCAUGGUUAAAUACCUCAGUGGGGAUCCAGAGGCAGAAAUUCGUCUGGUGCAGUCAGAGGUGGAAAAUUAUCAGGCUCAGCUCAACAGAUUUCAGCUUCACUUACACUCGGUGAGGCAGGACAUUCAGACCAUGGAGGAGAGGCUGCGCAGUGCCAAAAUAGCAUGCAAAAAAAAUCAGGAAAGUAUGAAUAAAGUUAAAGCAUCAAUAAUCGAGCUAGAGAAUGUUGAGGAGACGCAGACUGAGGACGUCAGUUCACUGGAAGAAGAUGGUCAAGAAAAUCAGCAGAAGAUUGAGCUAGAGAAAAAAAAUGUAAAAGUAGCAAAAAGUGAACUGGACAAGCAUAAUAAGGCAAUCACAGACCUUGAUCGGAAAUACAGAGAUGUGAAAAACAAAAGAGAGCAGUUGUCAGAUGAAACUGAGCAAUUGAAGGAGGAACAAGUGAAAGCUGAGGCUGAACGCAACAAAUUCGAACAGACCCUCAAGAUCCUGGAAGAGAAGCUCAAGACGCAUCAGGGCAAUAUAAAAGCCAUGCGAGAGAACCUCACUUGCAGAGAAAAGGAAAAACAGGACAUCGAAGCAAAAGCCAGAGAAAUCUGCCCUGAUCCUCAGCGUCCUGAUCGGAGUACCAAGAGCAUCGACACAGAGAUCACACGUCUGCACCAGAAGAUCAGCUCCCAAGAGAUCACCCAUGGCAAUCAGGAACAAGUGAUCAGGGAGUACGCUGAGGCCUACAGUAAUUAUAAAAACAAAUCCAGUCAGCUGAGAGAUCUGAAGAAAUUUUUUGAUCGUCUGGACAACAUCAUGACUGACAGGCAGGCUCGAUACAAAACUCUGAGAAGAUCCCUCUCAGUGAGAUGCAAGUUAUACUUCAACAAUUUCCUUAUCAAACUGCGCUGCUGUGGGUCCAUGAUGUUUGAUCACAACAAUGAAACUCUUUCCAUUUCAGUGAAGCCACCAGGUCGGGAGAAUGACAGCGUUAACGACAUGCGCUCUCUGUCUGGAGGGGAGCGCUCCUUCUCCACAGUUUGCUUUAUUCUUUCUCUGUGGGAGAUCACAGAAUCCCCAUUUAGAUGCCUGGAUGAGUUUGAUGUGUACAUGGACAUGCACAACCGCCGGAUCUCACUGGACCUGCUUCUUGAGCUCUCUGAGCGUCAGCAUCUCCGACAGUUCAUCUUCAUCACUCCUCUGACCACCAGCCACCUGCCUAAGAGUUCUCAUAUUAAAAUCCACCAGUUGCAAGAUCCAGACAGAGAAACAGAGACCUAGGAUUUGACAAGAGAAGGGAUUGCACUUAUAUAGUAUAUGUGUAUGUAUAUUUUUAAUGUUUCUGCAUUUCGUUUUAUUCAUAAGUUUUAAUAUGCGUCAGCGGUUUUACAGAAAAGUUGUAUUAAAAGCUGCUUAAAUAAAAGUUGUUUUAAAAAAACAUUAAAUAUCAGAAAGCAAUAUUAAAGCGAUAAAGGUUCCGGGCCACUUAGGUCAAUGAUAGUAUCCUUUUGUUUUUCAGUUGUACUGUUUUUUUUGUUUGUUUUGUUUUUUAUUAAAUACUGUUUUUUAAUAAAUACACAACUUAUUCACACACUGUAUAUAGUGAAAACAGCCCAUAGACAGUUUAUUGAUUGGAAUCACACAAUGUUGUCAGCGCAACCAUUACAUAGUGUGUUUAAGACAUGCCACAAAUAAAACACAAACAACAUACUGCACAAUCAAAUUUAAAUUUGAUCAUUCAUUUUUCAUGUUAGGUACAGAUAUUUACAUGGAAAAGAUAUACACCUGGAAUUUUGGGAUUUACAAACACAUUAUUGUUAUUUUCUACAAGGAGCUCAGGAGAUAAAACUGCGCAGCAUCCUGAGCCUCAUAGGACAUGCAUUGGCUUGAUUCUUUCUUUUUUGUGGAAAGCAAGAAAACAGCAACACCACGUUUCCCAGUUGUGCAAACAAAAAUUAUCGAUAUCAGUGGCAUAAUACAUUCCUAAUUUUUCAGGUUCUUACAGUUGAUGUUGAAGGGGAACCCUCUUUUAGUGUGAGAUAAGACCAUUCAAUAUUUAUGGCAUGCACCUUAACAAACGUCUCGGCCCAUAACCUUGUUUACAGAAACAUCACAUUCUUCUAAGCAAGAUACCUUGCAGUUGUCACUGAUUUCGUGUAUGUGAGUAACUAUAUGUUUGUUUUAAGGUGGUUAAAAUAAGUUGUGGCUUAAAUUACUUUGUGGCAAAAUUCAUAAUUCUCCUCAAGAUGCCUUCUGUUACUGUAUAAACAGUAUUAACUGAAAUGUCAAGUGUAGAAAUAUUUUACAAAAAAAACAGUUCAAUAAAAACACCA